GUGGUCCUGGCGCCCUGCGGAGGAUUCUGGGUAGGGUAGUCCUGGCGCGCUGCUGGAGUAGAUGCCCAGCUGGUGGCUGGAGCGACGCCGUGUUCUUUGGUGGCGCUGAUCUGGCUUCUGAGAUACCCUCCUUCUUUAGGGAGCCCAGGAGAAAAUGACCACAGGGCCCUGGAAAGCCAGGGGAGAGACACACAUGGCAUUCAGGGAUGUGGCUGUGGAUUUCACUCAGGACGAGUGGAGGCUGUUGAGCUCUGCUCAGAGGACCCUUUACAGGGAGGUGAUGCUGGAGAACUAUGGCAACCUGGUCUCUCUGGGAAUUCCAUUUUCUAAACCAAAACUCAUCAUCCAGCUAGAGCAAGGGAAAGAGACCUGGAGAGAGGAGAAAAAAUGUCCACCAGCCAUCUGUCCAGCAGAACCAAAGCCAGAAAUCCAACUCUGUCCUUUCUGCCCCCCGGAUUUCUCCAGUCAGAAAUUCCACCUGCAACAUGUACUGUGCAGUCAUCCCCCUUGGAUGUUCACAUGCUUGUGUGCUGAAAAUCAUGUCCAGCCAGGGGAUUCCUGCCCAGGGGAACAGAAGAAACAGCAACAAACCUGUGAUGAAAGUUCCUGGAGUGAUAAAUCAAAAGGUCAAGAGAAAGAAGGUGCCAAACCUGUGUUUGGAAGGACAAAGAAAAAGACUUUAGGAACAUUCUCCAGGCCACCCCAAAGGCAGCCAGUCAACUCUAGGAAUGGCAUCAGAGGUGUGGAAAUAGAAACCAGCCCAGCACAGAGGGGGAUUCCUGAGGAAACAGACAAAUUAUUGAAGAGGAUAGAAGUCUUAGGAUUUGGAACAGUCAACUGCGGAGAGUGUGGACUAGGCUUCAGCAAGAUGACAAACCUACUUAGUCACCAGAGGAUACACUCAGGGGAGAAGCCUUAUGUAUGUGGGGUGUGUGAGAAGGGCUUUAGUCUAAAGAAAAGCCUUGCCAGACACCAGAAAGCACACUCAGGGGAGAAACCUAUUGUGUGCAGGGAGUGUGGGCGAGGAUUUAACCGGAAAUCAACACUCAUCAUACAUGAGAGGACACACUCAGGUGAAAAGCCUUAUAUGUGCAGUGAGUGUGGGCGAGGCUUUAGUCAAAAGUCAAACCUCAUCAUACACCAGAGGACACACUCAGGGGAGAAGCCUUAUGUGUGCAGGGAGUGUGGGAAGGGCUUUAGCCAGAAAUCAGCUGUUGUUAGACACCAGAGGACACACUCAGAGGAGAAGACCAUUGUGUGUAGUGAUUGUGGACUAGGCUUUAGUGAUAGGUCAAACCUCAUUUCACACCAGAGGACACAUUCAGGGGAGAAGCCUUAUGCUUGCAAGGAGUGUGGACGAUGCUUUAGGCAAAGGACAACCCUUGUCAAUCACCAGAGGACACACUCAAAGGAGAAGCCUUAUGUGUGUGGGGUGUGUGGGCACAGCUUUAGCCAGAAUUCAACCCUCAUCUCACAUAGGAGGACACACACAGGGGAGAAGCCUUAUGUGUGUGGAGUGUGUGGGCGAGGCUUUAGUCUGAAGUCACACCUCACCAGACACCAGAACAUACACUCAGGGGAUAAGCCCAUUGUGUGCAAGGAUUGUGGGCGAGGCUUCAGCCAGCAAUCAAAUCUCAUCAGACACCAGAGGACACACUCAGGGGAGAAGCCCAUGGUGUGUGAAGAUUGUGGGCGAGGUUUCAGCCAGAAGUCAAACCUAAUUGCACACCAGAGGAUACAUUCAGGGGAAAAGCCUUAUGUGUGCAGGGAGUGUGGGAGAGGCUUCAGUCACCAGGCAGGACUCAUCAGACACAAGAGGAAACACUCAAGGGAGAAGCCUUAUACAUGCAGGCAGUGUGGACUUGGCUUUAGCAAUAAGUCAACUUUAAUUACACAUAAGCGGUUGCACUCAGAAGACAAGCCUUGUGUAUGCAGACAAUGUGGUCAAGAUUUUAUCCAAAAAUCACACCUCCUAUUACAUCAGAUGACACACAAGGAAGAGAAGCCUUAUGUGUGCAGGACAUAUGCGCAAGGUUAUAACCAAAAGUCCCACCUCAACAGACACAGAAGGAUAAAGUCUGUCCAUCACAAGUCACCACUCAAAGCUGACUUGGAGACUUUUUCAGGGCAAUCUUCUGUCCCCUUGCACUCCCUUUGAAAGUGAAGAUGUCCUCGUGGACUAAGUAGUCAAAAUUUUUACACUUUCAUGAAAUGGAGUAGAAAAAUGCAUUCCUUAAGUGGUCAAAGGACAUUUGACUUAGUUUAUCCACACUAAGUCUUUUACAUGUUUUGUGGCCUUUUGUUUUAAUAAACUUUGCUUCUUUAGAAAUCUGUAACCCUGGCUGUGUACUUCAUUCACUUGCCAGUCUGUAAAAAUAGGGAAUAAGUAUUGGUACAGAUAUCUUGAUCUCUUAAGUCCUGUGUUGCUUAUGAAUUCAAUUUCUUGGAAGACAAGAACUGAUAUAAGGUCUCUUAGCCACACUCAGUAGUUCUCCAAUUCACAGGGCUAAAGAUGUUUAACCGUGUUUAAAGAUAUUCCACCAUAUUUCUUUCAUUGUGUUCCAGUCCAAAGUGGUUUUGCUCAAAAUGAGAAAAGGCCUUCGUUGAAGGCAGAGCAAGAUGGCAGAGUAGGCAGUUCCAAGUUCUUGUCUCCCCACAGAGUCAUCAAAAAAGCAAGCAGAAACUGACAGAACCAACUAUGCUAGAACUCUGGAAAUUAGUCAAAGGUUUACAGCAACCAAGAGAGCACUGAAUCAAGAAAAAGACAACUUCAAAAUGGUAGGAAGUCUUCAUGGCAUUUUUACUUGCCUGUGCCCCCACCUCCUCCUGGGCAUGGCAGCAGUCUUAAAGUAGUGGUAGCCCGUGUUUUCAGAGAGAGACCAUGGUCUCUGGCUCUGGAGGAACAGAACACACUUUAUUUGCAAAUUAUUGCAUCUUUCUGUUCUAACCUGUCUGGGGGCUACCUGAAGGACUGAUGGAAGGCGCUCGCCUCUGUUUUGCCUAACUCAGAACUCAGGCUAGAAAAACAGUGGGCAUUGCUUGGAAACACUGCAAUCCGAAGUAACCCACAGACGUCUGGGGCAAGAUAAUGGUUGAAAAAUACAGAAGAUUGCCUAAAACCUGGGAACAAAACUGGGAGAAUUUCUUUGGAAAAUUAAGACAUUCAAAAGAACCUCUGUAUAAGGGAGAAUUUAGAAUGCUACAUACAUGCCCAGGGCAACACACUACAGUUGCACCUCAGACUGAUUCCUAGGCUCAGUGUAAGCCUGGGUAAGUGUUGAAGGAGUACCUCAACACAGCCAAUCUGCAAACACUGGGAAAGGUGGUUUUAUUUGCUGAUUUUCUUUUUUUUCGCCCUUAACUUCUGGUGUUCAAAUAAAUCUCUAUCAAAACACUAGCUGAGCCAAUAACUAUGCAAAAAAAUGCUCAAGGUCAUUAGUGAAAUGCAAGUCAAAACCACAGUGAGAUACCAUGUCACACCCACUAGGUUGGCUAUCAUCAGAAAAACGGAAACUAAUGAAGUGUUGGCCAGGAU